CAGAUCUUCAGCUGCAGGUGAUCAGAUCAACAGUCCAACAGAAUUAUACAGAGGCAGAGCUGCUUUGUCACAACAGCUGUCAUCUACCUGAUCGUUCUUCCUACGUCUGGUUCAAGAACGGACAGAAAAUGGAAAGAGUGGAGACAUCUUCUUAUAAAUAUCAGUUUUAUCCUGGAGACAUCAUCUCCUGUGCUGUAAAAGGACAUGAGGAUUUCCGCUCUCCUUCAGUGUAUGCUCCAAAGCUUCCCUCUGUGUCAGUGAGUCCCUCUGCUGAGAUAGUGGAGGGCAGUUCAGUGACUCUGACCUGCAGCAGUGAUGCUAACCCAGCAGCUAAAUACACCUGGUACAAGGGGAAUCAAACACUGAAUCAGAGACCAGAGGACAUUUAUCAUUUCACCUCUAUCAGCUCUAAGGACAGCGGGAUCUACCACUGCAAGGCUGAGAAUGAGUUUGGCCAGAUGAACUCCACAUCUGUAUACAUAGAUGUUCAGUCGGAGUAG